AUGCUGCGGCCUGUUUCUGCGACCGUUGCCGUGCCGCCGGCACUGCCGGUGCCUCAUCAGCGGCAUCUGCCGCUCAGCCCCACCUCCAGCACCGCUGCCGGCCACCCGCCCCCACUACGCCCCGCUCGCUCGGCUAAGCCCCGCAGCGAACCGCCCAACCUCCACGCUGCUGCCGCGCCACACUCGCCCGGCCACCACGCGCGCAGCUCCACGCCCAGCCAGACCCGCCUCUUCCUUCCGCUCGACCAGCAGCAGCCGGCCGCCCCAAUCACCACGCGCCGCCCGCUUUCUCCGCCAGCAGCAGCCCACAACACCGCGCGCGCCCGCCUCCUUCCGCAGAACUGGGAAGAACAGCUUCUUCCCAGCGUUAGUGGCCCGUCCCCAACCAGCACUUCCUCCAUUCAGCUUGCCCCGCGCCAAAUCGCCAGGAGCACCACGUCCUUCCGCUCGCCCAGCGCCAAGCAGCAGCAGCAACGCACUCCACCGCCUGGCCCGCCCCGCGCCCAGCUCGCCUCAUCCCGGCCACGGCUGCGCAUCGACUGCGCGCGCAAGCGCCCCUGCCAGGCACCGGCCGCCCGCCUUGGCCCACCCCACGCCGCUCCGCCCCAGGCCCAUCUCCAUCCAGCGAGCGCCCGCAACAAGCGCCUCAGGCCACCAAGGCCGCCCCCGCCCAGCAUCCCUUCUCAGCUGCCUGGUCCAUCCACGCACCACGCGCCGCCGCACCAUCCGCUAGCAAGCCCACCUCCAGCGCUCGAUUCCUUUGACCGGAGCAAACCGAGCAGCACGCCGGCUGGCCCGGUUGAAACCGGAUCACAGACCGGUGCCAUCCGGGGCGCAGUCCAGGGGCUCACCCGGUCAGCAUUCGGUCCAGAAUCCGGUUCAAACCGGAUGAGCCGGCCCCAGACCCGGUUGAACCGGCCUCUGACCAGUUUUAGUCAGUUUUGA